AUGGUCGAACUGAAGCAUCUCCGUUACUUGGACUUGAACAAUAAUGCUUUUAAUAGUGUUCCGAUUCCAGCUUUCUUGGGUUCUUUAAAGGAAUUGAGCAAUAAUGCUUUUAUUGGCGUUCCGAUUCCAGCUUUCUUGAGUUCUUUAAAGGAGUUGGGGUACUUGGACCUGUCAAAUGCAAGGUUCAGUGGGAGAAUUCCUCAAAAUCUUUUGGUUGAACUGAAACAUCUCCAUCACUUGGACUUGAGCAAUAAUGCUUUUAAUGGCGUUCUAAUUCCAGCUUUCUUGGGUUCUUUAAAGGAGUUGAGGUACUUGGACCUGUCAAAUGCAGGGUUUAGUGGGAGAAUUCCUCAAAAUCUUGUAAAUCUCUCUUACUUGAGUACUCUUGACAUCUCUAAUAACUCUCUGACAGGCCUAAUUCCUGCAUCUCUUGGAGGAUUUUCAUUGCCACGAUAUUUAAGUCUUUCUCAUAAUCGGUUGAAUGGGUUAAUACCAAUAAAUUUAAGACACCUUUCUAACUUACAUUUUCUUGACAUCUCAUACAACUCUCUAACAGGUAACCAAAUCAAUGGCACAAUUCCCUUGUCUAUAGGAGAAAUGACAUCCUUGUUUGUCUUAGAUCUUUCCCGAAACAAGAUAAGUGGUACCAUUCCAUCAAGUUUGGGCAAUUGUGUAGGCCUUGAAGCACUUGACUUGAGUAGGAACCAUUUAUCAGGGGUAAUACCCAAGUCAUUGGAAAACAACUUCUCCGGAAACAUUCCGGCUUGGAUUGGCAAUAGUUUUCAUUCCUUAAGAAUUCUUCGAUUACGUUCUAAUAAGUUUAUAGGCAAAAUUCCACAACAAAUAUUAAACCUUACUUCUCUCCGAGUUCUUGAUGCAGCACACAAUUAUUUAUCUGGUUCAAUGCCUCAAGGUUUGGAAAACCUCAUUGGCAUGAAAAAUGAACAAAUGACCAAUUACAUUCUUCACUAUGGAGGAGCAAUACAGGGUCAUUAUUAUGAGGAAAACUUGAUUAUGUCAAUGAAGGGGUUGGUGUUUAAUUACAGUAAAACAAUUUCCCUUCUGACGUGCAUUGACCUUUCAAGUAAUCACUUGUCCGGCAAGAUUCCCGAAGUACUCACAAAUCUCUUGGGAUUGCUUGGCUUGAACUUGUCAGGAAACAACUUCACUGGAAAAUUUCUAGACAAGGUUGGUAGAUUGGCAUUGUUGGAGUCUCUUGAUUUCUCAAGAAACUAG